AACAAGCAUUACAAAAGAUCCCUUCGAUAUGCCCUCCCGACCGUUGUCAUUCUUCAAUAUGUUUUCUCCACCAUGCAUUCGGUGACACACUGGGUAUAUCUAAGCACCGCUGUUGAUCUUGGUGAAGCACAGAGCGGAGAUGAAGCUGUUUCAAAUAUACUUUUGGAGAGUCUGACUCAUGUGAAGCCCUGGCAGGUUGGUGUAAGAGGUGUAUCAUUACUUGCAAAUGGAUUCCUUGCAGAUGGUUUGAUUCUUUGGAGAGCAUGGGUAGUUUGGGGUCAGAGAUGGAUUGUGAUUGUUGUACCAAUGAUAUGCUCUUUGGGAGCCGUUGGUAGGUUAUCCUCGUUUUAUUUGGAUUGUUUCACACAUGAGGGCAUCCUAGCUUUAUCCAUCGCUGCCAUUCCAAGUGCUGCAUCAGCAGACAACACCCUCUCCAAUAUUGAGUCAAAUACAUUCAUUAUCCUGAAUACAGCAGCCGGAGGUCUAUCCAUUGUCACAAGUAUCACUGGGACAUCAUUGAUCAUCAUAAAGAUAAUAGGAGCACAGAGACUGACUGCAGGAGUAUUCCCCAACAGGAGGAACCGGUACAACGGUGCAAUCGAGAUAAUUGCUGAAUCUGCUGUGUUAUAUUCAAUCACGCUCUUGUCAUUGAUUGUGUGUGUUGCUACAAAAGACACAAACACGUUUUAUGCACUCAAUAUUCAUGCUCAAGUUGCGGGUAUAGCUCCUCUUCUCAUUAUCCUACGCGCAGCAGCAGGAUAUUCUAGGCCUGAUUCAGUAUGGAGUAGUAGCGCAGGUGUCCGUACUGGAGUGGAGAGUCACAGGGUCCCUUCAGGCAUCAGAUUCAGGAUACCUGAAAGCCAUGUCACGCUGGACUUUGCAGGAGAGCCAGGUCAGGGAUCUGGGCAAACUGGAACGGGAGAAGUUUCAAUAGAAUUGAUACAGGCCGAGGACAAACAGCAUCAUGGUACUGCACUAUAG